AUGUUACUCGACAAGCUGAUCGUUCUUGCGUGCACUAUAGGGGCGCUCGCUGGCCCUCGGAAGGGCAAUAGGAAGCUGAGGAUGUCUCGAGCAGACCACAACGACGGGUUGCAAGAUAUUGUUACGUGGGACGAGUACAGUCUAAAGAUUAAUGGUGAACGGCUUUAUAUCUUUAGUGGUGAAGUUCAUCCAUACCGAAUGCCGGUCCAGAGUCUUCACCUCGACAUUUUCCAGAAGAUAAAAUCCCUUGGAUUCAACGCAGUCUCCUUCUACUCUUUCUGGGGUCUUCACGAGCCGAAGCGCGGAGAAAUCUCAUUUGAAGGUUUCCGUGAUUUGCAGCCUUUCAUAGAUGCAGCGUUAAAGGCCGGCAUAUACCUUAUCGCUCGUCCUGGCCCUUAUAUCAAUGCUGAAACAACGGCUGGAGGCUUCCCGGGAUGGGGUACUUACACGCCAGGGGUAUGGAGAACCUCGAACACUACCUAUGUCGAUGCAUACAAGGGAUACAUGGCUGCUGUAGGCUCGAUCAUCGCUGCCAACGAGAUCACGAAGGGCGGCCCCAUUAUCCUCGUUCAGUCUGAAAAUGAAUAUACUGGAUUCGCGACAGGGUAUUCGGAAGACUUCGAGUAUGAAAAGGAGCUCCUUCAGACUCUACGUGACGCUGGUAUCACCGUGCCAACCACCCACAACGAUGCGUCCCCAAGUGGGCACUACUUGAGCGUGAACAUCUAUGGCUACGACUCAUACCCAAAUGGGUUUGACUGCUCGCAUCCAACUACCUGGAAAUCCAAUGCCGUCCCUGAAAACUUCUGGACCACUCACGAACGAUACAACCCUCAAGAUCUGAACGCUGUUUACGAGUUCCAAGGAGGCGCUUUCGAUGGAUGGGGUGGCUCUGGAUAUGAUACUUGUGCCGUUCUCCUCGGUCCGGAAUUUGAAAGAGUUUUCUACAAGAACGAGUUGGCUAUGUCAACGACUCUACUGAGCCUUUACAUGAUUUACGGUGGCACAAAUUGGGGAGGCAUAGCCCAUCCUGGCGUCUACACAUCUUACGAUUACGGCUCUGCUAUCGCCGAAGAUCGCACGUUGCGCGAAAAAUAUUACGAGUUAAAGCUACAGGCGAACUUCCUCAAGGUUUCGCCUGCAUUCCUGACGACCCGCCCUCAAAACACAGGCAAGACGCAGGGUGCUUUCACGGGCAACCAGGCAUUGAAGACCACGCAGACUUUGGAUGUCGUCGGCAACAAAACUGGAUUUUACGUCGUCAGGCAUACGGACUCUUCAAGUUUCGAUGUCCAGACGUACACAUUGACUGUUCCGACUUCCAACGGGACUAUCACCUUCCCUCAAUUAGGUGGUUCGCUGACACUGACCGGAAAGGACUCCAAAAUUCACGUCGUUGAUUAUGAGGCUGGAUCGACCAACAUUCUAUAUUCUUCGGCUGAAAUCUUGACCUGGGCUACAGUGAAUGGAAAAGAUGUCAUCCUGCUGUAUGGCAACGAAGGCGAAUUGCACGAGACUGCUCUCCACUUCAAUGGGACUGCACCUACGGCCAAGGUUGUUUCGGGAUCGGGCACUGUUAAGCAGCAGGCUUCUUCCGCAGGCCUUGUAUUGCAGUACACUACCACGGGACAGACUGUCGUCGAAGUGGGCACUAGCAUCUUGCUUUACAUCCUUGAUCGCGACAAUGCGUACGAUUUUUGGGUUCUUAACCCACCCGGCACAGGAGCAUUUGCUAAUUUUAACACUAAGAACCCCAUCAUCGUCAAAGGAGGCUACUUCCUGCGCUCGGUCUCUGUUUCUGGUGGUACACUUUCGAUUCAGGGUGAUUUGAACUCGACUGCUGCUUUCGAGAUUAUUGCCCCCGCCGCAUCCUCGAAGCAGGUCACAUUCAACGGGCAUGGCUUGGCGUUGAAGAAGACUUCGUAUGGAACGCUCACAGCUACCCAAGCAGUGCAGCUGCCUGCUAUUACGCUUCCGGAUCUAGAAAGUAUCACUUGGAAAACGUCGGAUAGCCUUCCUGAAAUCCAAGCCGGCUAUUCAGAUGCAAGGUGGACCGUUGCUAAUCACACGACGACCGUGAACCCCACUCAACCGAAGACGCCUGUCGUUCUUUACGCGGGCGAGUAUGGCUAUCACACUGGCAAUAUCCUCUGGCGCGCACACUUCAACUCCACAGGCUUCGUUGCAGAAGUUUGGGGCGGUGCUGCAUUCGGCUUCUCUAUCUGGCUGGACUCGACUUUCCUCGGCUCCUGGGAGGGAGACGCGACGCACGGGUCGUACACCAAAACCGUCUCUUUCCCAUCCGCUCUGACCUCUGGCUCGCCACAUGUGAUCACAAUCUUGCAAGACCACAUGGGUUACGAGGAGGACUGGACUGCUGCGACAGAUGACUUCAAGAAUCCACGAGGUCUCAGGUCGUACUCGUUUGUAGGAAGCUCGAGUACCAAUGUCAGCGUUUGGAAGGUCACUGGUAACCUCGGCGGGGAAGACUAUGUUGAUACAACCCGUGGACCUUUGAAUGAGGGAGGAUUGUUUGCCGAGAGGCAAGGCUGGCAUCUUCCUGGCUUCGAUGAUAGCAAGUGGCAGACAGGACGCCCCACAGAUGGAAUUUCACAGGCAGGCGUCGGCUUCUACCGGACAUCUUUCGACCUCCACGUUCCUUCUAGCGUAGACUAUCCCAUGGCCCUCGUGAUUUCGAACACGACCACGAAUCCACACUUCCGCACUCAGUUCUACGUCAAUGGGUAUCAAUUCGGAAAAUACGUGAACAGCAUUGGCCCACAAAAAGUCUUCCCCGUCCCUCAAGGAAUAUUGAAUUACAACGGACACAACACCCUCGCAGUGAGCCUCUGGGCGGCCGAUGCCGCCGGCGCGAAACCAGGCUCUUUGGCUUUGCAGCUCACUGCUAAGGUUCAAAGCAGCAUGGAAAUGCCACCUCGAUGCCUGCUGUUGGAGGCUAUUUGUGUUGUCAUGGUGUAUAUCUCGACUUGGCAAAAGUAUCAAGAAGCUGCUGAGGCACUCUAUGCGAAGUCGCCGAAGAAGGCCCGGUACUGUGUAAAAUGGAAAUCGUCCGAGGGAAAGUUGGUCCUCAAGAUCACAGAUGACGAAACAUGUCUCAAAUUUAAAACACAUUCAUCUGUCUUCCUCGGCCGCUUUGAGGCCCUCAACCUCUCCCUGAUGCAAAAGAUGUCGAACAUCCGUCCACCACCCCCUGUACCCGCAUCAGUCCCACGCAUCACAACCGCAUCGCCUGCGCCGCUAAUCAAACAAGAAGAUGCUAGUGCCGAUGUACCAUCAUCAAGUGUAAUCCCGGCGGCAGGAGGUAUAGCAGCAGCAGGCGUCAAGAAGAAAAAGGGGAAGAAAAGGAAAUAG